AUGGCGUUCGGCGGGAUAUUGAGGUGUGGUCAACCAAAAGACAUUGACCACCAUCUUAUCACUGCAUUGAUUGAACGAUGGAGGCCAGAGACUCACACGUUUCACUUUCCUGUCGGUGAAGCGACAUUGACAUUAGAAGACGUGGAGGUCUUAUGGGGGCCUCAAAAUACAGUUGAUUUGAAAGAAAUGGUUUGGAAGCAGACAAACUUAUCAAAUCAACUGAUGAUUGAGUUGAGUGAUGAACACGACCAGUACAUAUAUGUUCAAUGUGCUCGUGUUUAUUGUCUGCUGUUACUUGGUGAACGAUGUGCUAGUUAUAGCUGGGGUGGUGCGACUCUUGCUUGCUUGUACCACAAUCUAUGUGAAGGUGCCCUUGCUAGGAGGACCAAUGUCGGGGGAGCUCUUACUUUGUUACAGCUGUGGGCUUGGGAGAGAAUCUCAAAUAUUAGACCGCAGAUGCUAAAUCCUGUGCCUAUAGACUACGUACCAUGUGCAGUCGCAUGGACUGGUCCGACCUCAUAUGUAAAAGCACCCGGGCUUUGCAUUGAAAAUUUCAGAGAUCAGUUCUCCAGAAUGUACGCCAACCAAUUUAUUUGGAGGCCUUAUGUCAUGCGAAACCUGCCGGAUGUUUGUGUUGACGGUCGUCCUAUAUGGACGUCGAUCACAACCCUUAUUUGCUGGAAUCUGGUUGAGCCACACUUACCACAGCGAGUGUUGCGACAAUUUGGUAUUGUCCAACCGUAUAUCCCGCUUGACAACCAGUUCCACGAAACUGAUUUUGUGAAACUGGAUCGUCGUGGCAAAUCUGGCCGGAAUUGGGUUGAGUACCACGCCAAUCAUAUACAGGAUUGGGACAAUAGGCACAACAUGGUGUGGACUGAUGUGGAGUACUCAACUGAGCCUAUCGCAACUGCUGAGUAUAUGGAUUGGUUUCGCCGGAUAACCGUGGUGUACAUAACAAAACCUGGCGUGCAUGCUCAGGAGGGCUUCCAUGAAACGACAUCCUCUCAUAGCUACGCGGUGGAGACCCUUCACAAAAUACGCCACUUUCUAAGUGGGCAAGACAUGACAGGGCAACCGCAUUUGUUCACAAUUUCAAGGAUCGUUGAAGAUGGCCUGCAGAUAUAUGGGGAAGCUGAGAUGAUGGACUACCGUCCUUCCCAACGCUCUGAGCUGGAUAUUGACAUGCCCGUGAGGCAAAAAGGGAAGAGACGUGGAAAAAAGAAAACUGGUGGAGAGUCGUCAUCUUCAAGGAUGGAUGCUCAUUUGGUGAAGAUAUCGGUCUCAGUGAUGUCCACCAUUCUCCACCUCGGUCUUCUGUGCCAGAUGACUUUUUUGGGGUUGAUUUAG